AUGACCUCAUUUUUACCUUACGCUGAUUUAUUUCGUUAUGGUUUGUAUGAUUCAGUUGUAAAUUGUUUACAAGUAGCAGUGAUCGAUGAUCGUAGUCAAAAAUUAUCUACUAAAAAAGUAUCAGUUCCACAGCAUCAACCAAUAUCAAAAGCAUCAUCGAUCAAUAAUAAUAGUGCUAAUAAUAAUUCUCGAAAUGUUCGUAAUCGAUUGACUUCACUUAUUCUUUUCAAUGGUGGGAUUCUAUUGUGUGGAAUGUUAUGUUUCAAUUAUUUGAUUGUACCUAUCAUUUUAAAAUUAUUUCAUCUAUUAGCUGGUACAACAAAUAAUAAAAAUGAACAAUAUCAAUCUCUUCUAUUUAUUCAGUAUCUGUUAAGUUAUACAUUUAAUUUAUUUUGGUUAAUACCAGCAUUUUUAAUAUCAAAAAUUAUAAACAGUUUUUACUUUCGAGAGAUAGCUGAUCGAGUAUUUGAGAUAACAACGGGAUUACCAUCAUCAAAUCGUCGUCAAGUUUCAAAAACAUAUGCCCAUUCUUUCACAGAUUUAUUAUUUAGUUUAAUAAUGCAAAUUAUAUUUUUAUUUCAAUCAUCAUUUAUUUUUCUUUUACCUAUACCAUAUUUAAAUACAAUAUUUGGCUAUGGUUCAUUAUGUUUAUUAUAUUCAUUCUAUGCAUUUGAAUAUAGUUGGAUUUAUAAAGGUUAUCCAAUACGUGAUCGUGUUAAACGUAUUGAACAAUAUUGGCCAUAUUUUAUUGGAUUUGGUUUACCAUUAACAUUAUUAUCGACACAAUUAUCAAAAUCAUUAAUUAUUAAUGAAUGUAUAUUUUCAAUAUUAUUUCCGUUUGCUAUUGUAGCAGCUACAUUGGUUAGUUACACUAAACAGAUAAAAGGUCGAACAACAAAAAAAAUUAUUGAAUUAAAUAUAUUUUAUCUAAGUAUUAAAAUAACUGAUAAAUUACUACAAUUAUUAAAUAGAUUUCAACCAAAUGUUAGGCAAAACCAAUAA